UGACCGCGUUUGCCCAGGAUUUUCUUUUCUGGGAUUUUUUCUCUUUUUAUUUGAUUCACGAAAAUAAAUCCAAAUUAAUUCCUCGAAUUGUCUAUUUUGGUCAACUAGGAUCAAAUUUGAAAUACAAAUAUGAAAUCUCGUUCAAGGAACAAGAAGAAGCAACAAAUGUCAUCUUCAAGAUCAGACGUGGACCUGGAUCCAGCAUCGGAUGAAGAUGCUGGUCCUUCUGAAAUGGAUGAAGAACUUCAACAAAAAGUUGUUCUCCAGCAACAGAUGUUGGCCCUUCAACAGCAUCAGCAGCAAGCUGCAGCAGCAGCGGCUGUAGCAGCCGUCAUGUCCCAGCAAGGACCACCACAACCACCAUUACCACAACCUCCACCGCCUCCACCCUCCGGCCCCAACGCAUCACCUGCUGGUUCUGCUGCCGGAGGAGAAUACCUUCAAUUGAUGGAGAAAGUUCAACAGCAGCAGCAAUUAUUGGAGGCUGAGAAACAGCAACAGAUGUUAAUAAAACAGCAACAAAGGAUGAUUCUAGAUCAGCACCAGGCAGAUGAAGCAGAGAUGAUGCGCCAACAACAACUGGCUAUCAUACAACAACAACAAGAGGCUGCACAGAAAGAAGAGCAACAAAAAUUCAUGCAUCACCAAAUGCAAUCAGCUCAAAUGAUGCCUAUUCCACCUCCACCACCCCCUCAAAGUUCAGAAAAUCAGCUCCCCCCUCCACAGUUUGUGACCCAGGCUAGUGGUCCACCUCCGCCACCGCCUCCACCGCCACCACCAACGUCGGGAUUGCAGCCACCAGGUCCUCCACAGAGCAUGGCACCACCACCACCUCCUCCCCCUUCCCUUCAGAGUAUUCCUCCACCUCCACAAGGCAUUCCUCCUCCUCCGCCCCCACAAGGUAUCCCACCCCCACAUCAGGGAGUCCCUCCUCCUCAAGGAAUGCCACCGCAACCUCAGGGCAUGCCACCUCCGCCUCCACCUCAGAUAGCGGCCACCAUGACCAACCAGCCUCCGCCCCAGCAACAGAAUAUUCCCCCGCCUCCACCACCAUCACUACAACCGCCUAUGUCUUUAAUGACCAGUCAGCCGAAUGUACCGAUAGUUUCUUCUACGUCCACCUCGGGCAAUUCAAGCAGUGCAAAUAUGAUUGCAGGUCAGUCUAACAUGGGAACUCACACUACGACAGCAAUAGAUACAAAAUCUCAGACUUCUGAACGACAGCAGAAAGAGAUAAAAUUGCCCCAGGCUUUGGAAAAGAUUCUCGCUUUUAUGGAUGUACGUGCUCAGGAAAUAGGUGCAGUAUCAGAAGAUAUGGAUAAAACUGAAGUACCAGAAAAUCAAAUCAGAAUCGCUGAUGCUGAAGAAGAGGAUGAUGAGGAAGUUACAAGUAUAUCUGUUACAAGUGCAACUCUAAAUGAUGCUGAUGAGGAAGAUGACGAUAUAAAAAGUCAAGAUAAGGCAAAAGAGAACAGGAUAAGAAAGAAGAAGAAGAAAAAGAAGAAUAAGAAGAAACAUCCAGAAUUCAUGCAAGAUGCAAAUGACUUAAAGAAAAAACCUGCUAAAGAUGAUGAAAAUGAUCGCAGUGUGGAAAUAGAGUAUGUACAAGAACAGUUAGAUAUUGGCCACUUUGAUGUUAACUACCAUGUUUUUGCAAAGAUAUUUGAGAAUUUCAAGAUUGCAGAUCCUGAAAAACCAAAAGAUUUCCAAAGACCAGAAGAAAGAAGAGAAGAGGAAAAAAAACCUGAAGAAGUCCCUAUAAAGGCUCGAGGACUCAUUAUAGAUGAUGAUGAAGACUUAGUGGCUGACGACGAGGUACCAAAGUUAUCAAAGAAGAAGUUGAAGAAACUCACUCGCUUGAGUAUUGCACAAUUAAAACAGCUUGUGUCAAGACCUGAUGUAGUGGAGAUGCAUGAUGCCACAGCUCAGGAUCCAAGACUGCUUGUACAACUCAAAGCUACCAGGAAUACGGUUCCAGUCCCACGUCAUUGGUGUUUUAAAAGUAAAUACCUGCAAGGAAAGAGAGGUAUUGAAAAGCCACCUUUUGAACUACCAGAUUUUAUCAAAGCUACUGGAAUUAUGGAAAUGAGAGCUGCUCUGGCUGAAAAGGAAGACCAGAAAACCUUGAAAGCAAAGAUGCGUGAGAAAGUGCGUCCUAAACUUGGCAAGAUUGAUAUUGAUUACCAAAAACUCCAUGAUGCCUUCUUCCGAUGGCAAACCAAACCCAAAUUGACCAUUCAUGGGGAUCUUUAUUACGAGGGUAAAGAAUUUGAGACACGUCUAAAAGAGAAAAAACCUGGUAAUCUAUCUGAUGAACUGAGAACAGCCCUAGGCAUGCCAGUUGGUCCAAAUUCAGAGAAAGUUCCCCCGCCGUGGUUGAUCGCUAUGCAACGAUAUGGACCUCCUCCAUCCUACCCAAAUCUCAAGAUCCCUGGCUUGAAUGCACCAAUCCCAGAAUCAUGUUCAUUCGGUUAUCAUGCUGGCGGUUGGGGUAAACCUCCUGUUGACGAAUCAGGCAAGCCAUUGUAUGGUGAUGUUUUUGGUACCCAAAGUGGAGAAUUCCAGACUAUAGUUUCUGAAGAAGAAAUUGAUAAGACUCAUUGGGGUGAAUUGGAAUCAGAGUCAGAAUGUGAAGAGUCAGAAGAAGAGUCUUCCGAAGAAGAAUUAGACACAACAGGGCUUAUAACCCCUGGUGCCGAGGGAUUAGUUACACCGAGUGGAAUAACGUCAGUUCCGAUGGGAGUGGAAACACCUGACAUGAUAGAACUGAGGAAGAAGCGUAUAGAAGAUGCAAUUGACCAAGGUGGUGACACACCAGCUCUUUAUACAAUUCUGCCGGAGAAGAAAACCAAUGUUGGAGCAAAUAUGAUGGGUUCGGCUCAUAUAUAUGAUAUGUCUGCUGUAACUGGAAUGCCGACUCAGAAACGGUUUGGUGAAAAGGGAGGAACUGAGGCAAUUGAAGUGGCUUUGAAUCCUGAAGAAUUGGAUAUGGACAGUGCAGCAAUGCAAGCCAAGUAUGAGCAAACCAUGCGUGAACAACAGUCUCAGUUGGAGAAGGAAGAUUUGACAGACAUGGUUGCUGAACAUGCUGCCAAACAAAGGAAACGGAAGCGGCAGCAACAAGACAGUGGAAAAGCCAAGAAAUAUAAAGAAUUUAAGUUCUAGGUGUUUGACGGAAAUCGCCUGUGUAUUUUUUAUGUCCAUCAUUUCCCCAUUAUAUUUUUGUUAUUGUAUACAAAUAAAUGUGAUGAGAAUAUUA